AUGUUCUUGUCAAUUCUUUCGAUUUUAUUACUGCUUGAUGUCAGUGUAUCCUCCUCGUCUAAUUCGAGUAUAGUCCAGCAGGAAGACCCAGUCGUGUUCGUGCUUCACUUGAAUGAUUCGCUGUCUUCUGAAAAUAGUAGCUUGACCGUUGAUGAAGGAAAGUUGGUGCGUUAUGAUAAGAGUGAGCAAGACAAUACCGACACUGAUGAAACUGAUGGGGAGAGAGUAAUCGCUUUUAACGUCAAAAAUCCCUUCUCGUCGAAUUCAUACAGCAAGCUUCGUGAUGCAGCUGCCGAAAGUAUCAAUUCUUUUCAAAGUGAACUGUAUAAACCGCUGCUGAACGAGCAAUCGAGGUCUAGUCCAAGUAAAAAGCUAUACGACAUCUUGGCGAGGCUUUACAAGUGUUUCGUGUCACAUGAUGAAGAAACCAAAAGUUAUCUCGAUGGCUCAAUAUCUAAUUUGCAUGAACACCCUGCGACAAGCAUGGUGACACAAAAACCAUGGUUUGAAUCUCGACUAUCAAAGUUAUUCAAUGAUUUGAUGCUGCAUACAAAAUACGGUUCUCUUGAAGAAUUUUUCCGCCGAGAUCUACACAUCACAUUUCUAGACCAGGUCAUCAAGCUGAUUGACAUGGAGGGUCUUUCGAUAGGUCGAACCGGAGUCGCAGAGGAGAUUGUUCGACUCUUUACGGCAAGCCGCAACGGAGGUAAUUUGAUAACUUGGCUUGGAAAGAUUGAUGAUCAUUCAAAUCAGACAAUCGAAUCUUUCAUAAAAAGUUUGUUGAAAUCGAUCGAGACCAGCAAGCUAGCAUAUCGACUGCUAUCAAUGCGAUCUAAUGACUUUGAUGAUCUUUACAAAAUCCUUCGUGGGUCCAAUAGCAAUCCCGAUCUACCAUCGAUUCGCAGUCACUUAAUUCAAUACGCUACUUAUAUUCGUUUCAACUUCAUUGAGCACGAGUCGAAGAGUUCUAUUUCUGUGGUGCCGAAUGUAUAUUCUUUUCUUAGUACUCGGUGUGAAGAAACGGAAGAGUGGCAAAGGCAGCUCUUUUCGAAAAGACUCGAGCUAGCCUCUUCGUUCAAAGUAGAUCCGAAAUCCAUUUUUGCUGGUUUUCAUUGGUCGGACUUUUCGGAGGAUCAAGUGCGUUUGUUUAAAGCUGCGUUGCAGUCUAACGAUGAUGCGAAGUUGGUCAGAGAGGCUUUGCAAGCAAACAGGCAGGUUGCUUCAUUUGCUGAUAAGUUAGGGAAAGAGACAGUUGUGGACACGUAUAAGGUGAUGCUGAACAACGAGAAACUCGUGCAAGGUCUUCAAGCGGUUUUUAAAGACGAUGAAGCAGUGCAAAUGGUUAAUGUAAUUUUGAAGGAUGUGAACGGUUUGAGAGAUCUUUCGUCACGGUUAACAAAACGUGGUGGAAAGAAGAACCUGAAAAACGAUCAAGUCGUGAAUCAGCUUAAAAAGUUGAUCAAGGAUGAAAAUACAUUGAGAGUGCUCAAAGUGUCUAUGGUGGAUGCUGAUAGUAUGAUGAUGUUUAAGGAUGCAUUGGAGUCAAAAGGACGGCUAAAAUUAGUUGAUGACAUGUUGAGCAAUACGGAAUUGGAUUCGGCGACGAUAUUAAAAGUGAUUCUCAACGAUGAUGACAAAGUGCAGUUUCUCAAAGAGGCAGUGAAGGAUGAUAGCCGAGUUGAGCUGUUUAGAUCGGCCUUGGAGGACACGAUAGGUGUCAAGAUCUUCAAGACGGUGCUGGGUGAUAAACUGGGGAAAAACUCGAAGCAGUAUUAA